AUGUCUUUAGAACUAGUACACAAUAUAACUAAACAAACAAUUGGUAAAAUGUUGUAUUUUCAAUUGAUUAAUUUAUUAAUUAUAUUUGGAUUAAUAAAUUAUUCAUAUGAAUUUAAUAUACAAAUUAAAAAUCUAAAACGUUAUAUACGAAAUGCUCCAUUCAAAAAUGAAACACAAAGUGUAUUAAAUCAAAUUUUUAGUGAUGAACAACAGUUAGAAAAUACAGUUCGAGAAUCUAUUCGAAAAGAUGAUGAUAUUGUCAAAGUUUUAACUCGAAAUAUUAUGUUAGCUGCUGAUCGAAUGGCAGAAGCUGGUUCAAAAAAUACAAAAAGUGUUACAGAAUGGGCUUAUAUUCAAGGUGAACUUCGUAAGGGUAUUAAUUUAAUUAUUGAAGCUUAUCGAAAAUAUAUUGAUUUACAUCGACAAGUAUGUGAAACAAUUGAAAAUUUUGCAAAAAAUAUGAUUAAUAAAUAUGAAACUGAACUUUCUGCUAUUGAUCAAAUGUCAGUACCAAAUUCUUCAAAUGGUGAUAUUGAUACAAAUAGUCCAGAAUGGAAUAAAUUUGUGGCAAAAUUUUUACAUAUACUUAAUUAUGCAAGACUUCAUCAAGAAACUCUUCGAACUGCUACGGAUUGUACUGGAGAUUUAAUGACACGUACAUUAUCUCAUCAAUCAGUUAUAAUGAAUCAACCAGGACCAGGUUUUCAUCAAUUAAAUAUUCGAAUAAAUCAUCCAGUUAGUCUUCAAUAUCCCAUGCAAAGUUUUUCUCUUCCUUGCAAUGAUAUUAGUGAAGAUAAUGGUUAUCAAACAUGUUCAAAUGCUAUUGCUGAUGCUACACAAUCAUAUGCUAGUCCAGUUCUUGAAUGA